UUUAUUUUAAAGAAGAUUUAUUAUCUGCGUCCAAAGAUAUCGCGCUCUCGUUACGAUUUUGUAAUCAUUACUCAAAUAGUUAUCGAAGUUAACGGGUUGCAAGAUGACCGAGAACUACGCUGCUGUGUUACACGGAGCCAACGACGUCAGAAUCGAGAAAAUUCCAGUGCCCGAGAUAAACGAUGACGAGGUUUUAAUAAAGAUAGACUGUGUCGGAAUAUGCGGCUCUGAUGUCAAGUUAUACAGCACGGGUACGUGUGGAGCGGAUGUUAUCGACAAACCGAUUGUCAUUGGUCACGAAGGUGCCGGAACUGUGGUCAAGGUAGGAGACAAAGUAAGCAGUUUGAGAGCGGGCGACAGAGUGGCAAUAGAACCGACGCAGCCCUGUCGGUCCUGUGAGCUGUGCAAACGAGGGAAGUACAAUCUGUGUGUGGAGCCACGUUAUUGUUCCUCGAUGGGCGCUCCGGGAAACCUGUGCCGUUACUACAAGCACGUCGCCGAUUUUUGUCAUAAAUUACCAGAUAAUCUAUCAAUGGAGGAAGGGGCAGCGGUCCAGCCGCUCGCCAUCGCGAUCCACGCCUGCAACCGCGCCAAGAUAACUCUCGGAUCUAAGAUCGUUAUCCUUGGGGCCGGGCCUAUUGGCAUCUUGUGUGCUAUGGCGGCCAAAGCAAUGGGAGCUAGCAAAAUUAUUUUAACAGACGUAGUUCAGUCACGUUUAGACGCGGCACUGGAGCUGGGAGCGGAUAACGUCCUCCUCGUCCGUCGGGAGUACACCGACGAGGAGGUUGUAGAAAAAAUUGUGAAGUUGCUCGGUGACCACCCGGAUGUUUCAAUCGAUGCCUGCGGGUACGGGUCGGCGCAGAGAGUCGCUUUACUGGUGACCAAGACAGCGGGCUUGGUACUGGUGGUCGGCAUAGCUGACAAAACAGUGGAGCUGCCGCUCUCACAAGCGCUGCUCAGAGAAGUUGAUGUUGUAGGGUCCUUUCGUAUUAUGAGCACGUAUCAGCCCGCCCUGGCCGCCGUGUCCUCCGGGGCCAUCCCCUUGGACCAGUUCAUCACUCAUCGCUUCCCAUUGAACAAGACCAAAGAAGCACUGGAUUUAGCCAAAUCCGGUGCCGCCAUGAAAAUACUCAUACACGUGCAAAAUUAAAACACAGUUUCGUAAC